AUGGGAGGUCGCCAAGAGCUUGCGUGGCAAGCUGUCCAGCGCGACCCGGCUGUCACAUUGAAUGUUCUGGCGGUUCGGAAACUCCUGAAGAACCACUUGGCGCACAUCCAGCGCUUGGGUGUCUAUUUCGGCCUCAAGGGCCUCAAAGGCAAGAUCCGGUACAAGCUGUACGAGGAGCGCGUGGCUCUUCUCGUCACGGCCACCCCGGAGAAGCGUAACCGUAUCGCUUUCGGCCUACUUGAUGUGGGCGGCGACGGUGUCGUCGGCCGUCGGGACGUCUUCGCGGCACUGGCAGCGGCACGUAGCGAGGACACCGCUUACAACGAGUCCAUUGAUGCGGUGUUUACUUCACCGGGGGCCUACGGCGUGCAUUUCGCAGACUCCGACACGCCUUCGCUGCUCGUCGUGGGCGUCGUGCCAGCCAGCCCUGCUGAGCAUCAGGGCGUUCGAGUUGGCCACCGCCUCUCCCGCAUCAAUGGCAUCAGCGUGGACAAGCUCACCACCCAGGAGGUCCGCACCCUGCUGAUGAACCCAUCAAGGCCAUUGUCAAUGACAUUUCGCUACCGCCCGUCGCCCGAAGCGACGGAUGGCCAGCAGGGUGUUCCCAACGGGAUCAUCGACCUCAGGGACCUCAAGCGCCUUCUCGAGGCCUUGUCAACCGACUGCGUCACGCGGCGGGUCAAGAUCUACGUGGCCUCCGCCAAGAACCUGAAAGCCGUGGAGCAGCACCUUGGGAAGUCAGAUCCCUACUGCCAAGUGGAGGUCGAAGGCAAGCCAAGAACGCGGUGGCAGACCAAGGCGUUGACUGAGAGCCUGGACCCGGACUGGAGAGAGGAGCGUGAGAUCGCCGAUUUUGCGAUCGGUGAGACCUUGCGCUUCACGGUUCGUGAUAAGGACUUCGGUACCAAGGAAGAUGACAUUUUGGGCAUCGCCACGCUGCCGAGCCAUCGCUUUCAGGAGAAGGGCUUCGAGGGCGAUCUGAUCCUCUACGAAGAGAACAUGCAGAGGAAGACCAAUUCCAUCUUGCAUGUGCGGGUCAAUCUCAGCGGAGAAGGGGGAAUUGGCAUCUCUGACUUCGAGAAGGUGUUUCACGACGGGGAGCCCCUCUUCCUGCGACAGCUUCAGGAGGUCCUGACCGGAGUUACACAAAAGCGCAAAGACUACGCGACCGAGCCGGUGAAGCUCAAAGUCACGCUUAUCAGUGCCACCGGACUACGCAGCGCUGAGACGGCGCCUUCGAAGGCCGAUUCCUAUUGCACCUGUGAGAUAGCCGGCCGCACGAAGUACCAGAGGCUCCAGACGAAGACUGCGACCGACUCACUCGAUCCGGUUUGGAACGAGAAGAAGGAGGUGGUCGACUACUUGCCGGGAGAGGCGCUCCGCUUCGCCAUCCAUGACAGCGACCAGGGUAGGUCUUCGCAAGUCGACGAGCUGCUGGGGAGCUGCGUGAUGCCGAGCUCCCAAUUCUGGCCGGGGGGCUUUGAUGGCGAGGUGACGCUGACGCAGGAAGAGCAGUCGCGCAGGGACAAGAAGUCGACGGUGACGCUGAAGUUGAAGGUGACCACACCAGAGUCGGCUGCGCCGCACCAGUUUGCCAGCGCUGCGAAGCCACCGGAGCCAGGUGGACACCCAGGGUCGGCUCUGGUCUUGGAGCGCUUCGAGGCCGAGAUGAAGGAACUGCGCGCCCGACUCCCUUUUCUGAAAGAGGCUGACUUCUCCUGGCACAUGCGUGUUUUUGAGGCGCUCCGGGAUGAGGACUGGCUGAUCCAGAGAGCACGACUUGUAGCAUCGGCAGACAAGAUUUUCGGAAUUCCUGUUGGCGACAUCGCAGGACGCCUCUUCGAGGCCGUCUCCCCAAGGAUGGCUCCGGUGGGUAUCCUCGAGUGGGCGCAGUUUCUGGAGCGCUACCGCAACGGAGACUGGGAUUCCUCGCAGGAGCGCAUCCACCUCACCUUUGCCUUGUACGACCUGGACGGCGAUGGAGUGCUGUCCCUCGCGGAUGCCAUCAGCCUCUCGCGCGAGGUAGAACGCCUGGAGCUGAUAUUAUGGCAAGGAGAGCUCGGCCAUGCCUGUGUGCGAGGAGAUGCGAUGGCUGUAUGGACUCAUUGCGAACGCUGCGGAUGGAGGGCACCACGGUGGGCGGCUAGACCUGCAGGUGUUCAAGCAGCUGCGUCCUGA